AAAAUUUCACAAGAAAUUUUGACCAGUGUGCCUGGUGCUGGGGGGGUUCUGAGGACCAUAGUGAGGUUAUGAUAGGCCCAAUAAAGUCCCAAGUCUCGUGACCCGUUUAAACUUUGAAUCAUUUUUCUACGUUAAAGUAUGGCGACUCUGUAUGGCCCUAAAGACGAGUGUUUUUGAGCUCUCUUCACUCAUUCCUAUGGAGCAAAGAAAUCACGCUUUGCGGGAGGAGUAGCGCGGCAAAAACCGCAAGAAGAGGAAUAAAGUAAGAGAGGCAGGAGGAGACGGUAUUUAAGUGAAGGCCACAAAACAAAGAGCCAAUCAAAGUUCUUUAAUUGGAGAAGUGUCAUCAGAUUCGUCAGGUUGGUUGCUGGGGCCCCCCUGACCCCUAGCAACAGGUUACACAUUGGUUCAUCUGCCCAAUGACAAGUCAUGACAGCAGCAGUGUAGGGUGAGGUUGCUGCUGUCAUCCUGCGCCUUGCAUCAUACAACACAGAUGAUGAGUCAACAGAGGGCCGGGCAACCCUGGAGCAGGAGAGCAGGCUGCAGCCUGUGAAACAGUGCGAGUAGGAAGUGAAGUUAACUGAAGCGAUGAAUGCGGACAUGGAGGAGCAGGAAGACGAGCUGCUCGCCUUCCACAGUAUCUUUGGUUCGGAGGAGUUCGUCCGGGAUGAGACGAAGUCUGCCGGAGAAAUCCGAGUAUCCGUCGAGCUGCCUGCAGACUUCACUGUAGUUCUCAAAGAAGGUGAAACGCUGAGGCAGUAUGAGAUAUCAUUCCUUCCACCUCUGCUUCUGACUUUUGAGCUCCCUGAGGACUACCCAUCCUCCUCCCCUCCCUCCUUCACCCUCACCUGCAGCUGGCUCACACACACACAGCUCUCUGCGCUGGGUGCUCAGCUCACCGAUCUCUAUCAGGCCACCGGGGGUGCUGUGGUGCUCUUCUCCUGGGUACAGUUUCUUAAAGAAGAUGCCCUCGGGUUCCUGGACAUCCAUUCUCUGCUGGAGCUCCCAUCUGAUGAACACAGCACCCAUUACGACAGGCAGGACUCAUUAAAUGCUGCACCAAAGAAUAAUCAACACACUCCAAAGUCCACAGAUAACCAAAGCUGUGAUGUCUCAGAUCCAUGUAAACCGGACGUCUCUGCACCAUCAUUGGAGGUUGGGCAUCCGAUAGUGAUUCCUGCUGAUGGCCAAGGUCCUUCAACGUCAGACUGGAGCAGCACAGACUCUCAGGGAGCAGUCUUCUUAAAUGAAGGGGAUGUUUCAGCCUCAUUAUUACCUCCUUCUAGCUCCUCAGACCCACUGGAUCUAAGCGAACAAGGAGCUGCUUCUCAGCCGGUCCACCCCAGAGAAUCCCCUCAGAAUGAAGACCAAACGCUCUCAGGUCUCUCCCUGACUCCGUCACAAACCCUCCUGUCACAGCUCUUGAUCUAUAACGAGGCUCAGAAACAGAGAGCGUUUGCCACCACGGUGUUCGACUGUGGCGUGUGUUUUGUGGGCUGGCUCGGUUCGGACAGUGUGAAGUUGCCCGAGUGUGGCCACAUCUUCUGCCGGGCCUGUCUCGCCGAGUUCUGCAAAGUCCAGAUAACAGACGGGAAUGUCAAGGGCGUCACCUGUCCUGAGCCAGACUGCCCUGCCACCCCUACACCUGCACAGGUGAGGCGUCUGGUCGGGGAGGAGCUGUUCAGCCGCUAUGAUCGUCUCCUGCUACAGUUAACUCUGGACAGCAUGGGUGAUGUGGUGUACUGUCCUCGGCGUUCCUGCGGUACGGCCGUCAUCGUGGAGAAAUCCAGCAACGCUGCCCUGUGCUCGGUGUGUGCCUUUGCCUUCUGUGUUUUCUGUAAGAAGACCUACCAUGGAACAAGUGACUGUCAGACAAAGAGGAGCACGAAGAUACAGGAAGCACAAGAAGCCAAUGCAGACCUGCCACAGUCUAAAGAGGGGUUGAUGGCACUGUGGGACGACUAUUCCGGUGGCAGCAAGGAGAGGCGGCGCCUCCUGGAGAGCAGAUACGGCCGCUAUAUAAUGCGGCGCACCGUGGAGGAUUAUCUGAGUUCAGACUGGGUGGACUCAAAUAGCAAGCACUGUCCUCACUGCUUCUGCAGAAUAGAGAAGAACGGAGGAUGUAACCACAUGACGUGCUCUCAGUGUGGACAGCGGUUCUGCUGGGCCUGCCUCGACAGAUUCGCAAUGGGUCGUAUAGGCCACCACGUUGACAGUCCGUGCCCUCUCUACACAGCCUAGUGCUGCAGCUACCUUUACUGCCAGCCAUGGAGGGAAUGGAGUAAACAAAUGUUGCACAUGG